AUGGCGCAGCUGGCGAUCCUGCAGCCUGAAGACCCGGUCGACUUCCUGGGCCACUACCUGCUCAAGCACGUCGCCAACAUCGAAGCGCAGCAGCAGCUCCUGAUGCGCAAGGAGGACCAGCAGCGAUCCGGUCUCUCCACUCCUCUAGCAAUCGCUCGACAGCAAUUAGUUGGCGCAAUGGACGAAAACACUGACCAGCAGCAGCACGAAAUCGCCUGGGAGGCGCUGCUGGAGGAGGAGAAGCAAGUGCACGCCCAGCUGCACAGUCAGCCCAGCGUGGCGCUGGUCUUCCAGCGAUUUCUCGAGUGGAUGUGCUCGACAUUGAAUGCUGAAGAAGCCUACAUUGGACGCAAGUGUGUCGACCCACAGGGCAACAACGUCGUCCACUUUGUGGCGAGUUCCAAGCAUCCAGAUUCAAAGGUCGUCGACAAGUUUGUUGCCCAUCCCACGGACGAAGGAGAGGAAGAAGGCGUGCGUCGAGGAGUUGGAGUCACGUUCGAUGUGUUUAAGGAGAUUGCACCUGUUGGUGAAGAUGGCGGCCCUGCUCUUGACGCCGAGGGCAACCCGCUGCCAGCUGCCCCGCCCAAGUUUGUGCAUGUGGAGAAUGUACUUCGUGACCCGCGGGUCAAGUUCUUCGGUGUGCCCAAGCUUGGAGCUCUUCUGACGCGUGCAGAGCAGUACAAGAGCUAUUUACACGCCGACGUGCUUAAUGAGAGCAAUCCCGAGGAGCCAAAUGUGCUGGAGCAGUGGCUUGUCUUUUCAGUGGACACCAUGGGUCAGGCGCGCGCCUUUACCAGGAAGGAGAUCGACCGCUUCCGGCAUGCUACUGAGUUGUUCCUCACUACGCUUGAAGAGAAAGAGCGCGCGUUGUAUAUGAAGGACCUUGAGCAACGCGUCUCCAGUGAUGAGCCGCUGUUGCGUGAGUUCCUGGUGGCGUUUGCAGCACAAGUGGCUGUCCAGGAGGAGAAUUUGGCCGCUCAGUUCCCGCCGCCGCCAGAAGGUGAAGAGCUCAGCGAAGCUGCUCAACAGCAACGCACUACAAAGGAAGCGGAACUUCGUCUAUCCUUCCUUACAACUCUUCUGGUAUCCCACAUCCCGACCCUGGCGAUUGCAUCUACGCGCGUGGUGCCGUUCAAACCGCUGGUAUUGUCAACUUUUGCUGCGGGACUGGAACUUCUCGGCUACGCUCGACGCGAGCUCUACAAUCCCGCUACGGGUCAGCCCAGUUGGGACAAGAUCUCGCCUCUCCUGGGUGAAGCGAUGUUGACAGCAUGUCUGAACACCUUUGAGUCCUCACUGGCAGCGAUGGCAACUUUGGCGGAAGCGGACAGCACUAGCGCUAACGGUUUACGCUCCAUUCGGAACGCUCUGCCAGCGACCCCAGCAGCAGUUUCCAAGGCUAAGCAAACGCUAGUCGAUAUCGCGAAGGCUGACGUUGAUGCUGCGAGUCCAGUUGCGUCGUGCUUCUACGUCUGGGCGCUCGCUGUGAUUGCGCGCGCUGAAAACCUCACCGCUAUGACUGAGCAAGCACAGCAACUCGAGGACGAAGCUGCGGCGGCAGCGGCAGAAGCUGCAGCGGCCGCAGAGGAUGCGUGA